CGAUUAUCCGGGGUUGUGUCAUAGCUUCAGCUGUCAAACGGGCGUUUGUUUACAAUAAUCAUCUGUUCGUUCAUAAUAUUUUCAUCCAUCCAUUGCACUCAUUAGAAGGAAUAGGAAAGAAAAUCGAACCCCUGAAGUGUGCAGGAUGAUAUUCGUUUUGCCAGUAUCUUGGCAUAAUCACACCAACCAGGGUAAGGGCAAGGAACCGUGAGUGUAAUGAUGCGACGUAGCGAUUGACGAAAAAGGGCGCAAUAAAACUAUUUGCAGUAUGAUUACACCAUAGCCGAGCUGAUGUGUGCGAUUGCGUGACGUGGUGUGCUGAAGGGGAAUCGUUUCUACACUGCACACAGACACAAAGCACUGACUAGGAAAACUUCCAACAAUCUGAAGAGUUUCAUUAUACCGAUAUGCAUAACUAAACCGUUAAUCGCUUGCCAAAUACGUGUAGUACGUUCACCACACACUCAGAGAAAUCUUUUGACCUACAUUCUCUCUCUAACAAGGCUUAAAAAUGCAAUCAAACGACGAAACUAGCGUUCCAGUAACACAACUCUCAUCGAUGUGCCAAACAAAGCAGGAAGCGACGGAUCAGACCAAAGAUGUACACUACACCGAAGGGUCGUUCAUAUUUCCUCCCUUCGCAUAUCAUGACACACGCAACGCGGACCGUAAUGCAUCGAAAACGGUUCCGAUCCAUUCCUACAGCAACGUUUGCCCUCGGGCAAUGCGUAAUCAUCGCGGCAAUACCGUACACUUUUCUAUGGGAGUUUACGAGAAUGAGACGUCUUCUAAAACGCACUGCUACACACCGUACGGCCGGAUGCGUCCCUACUUUAUACCCCAUCGAACACGCACGAAAAGCGAAAGCUCUGACCCAUCGAAGGCGCAUGAAGCUACCGCCUCUGUUUGUGGCUCAGCACCAAGCAGCACCAACGCGAGCUCAACAUUGAUGGAAACCUGUGAACCACCGUCGGCAAUGAUGGAGGUGUCGAGCAAUGCACCGGGCAACAGUGGCAGCAACACAGCACGGUACAAAAAUCCGGUCGUUGUGUUGAAAAAAUCCCGCUCGCUGGAGAAUGUACGGGUGGACAACUCGCUCGAGGGUUCGCAACAUUCGCACGAGAUGGAAUUCGUGUCUAGUCGCAUACAGAAGCUAAAGGUACAGGAAUAGAUCGUGUUACCGCGCGAAAUUAAAACCGGAAAACAAAAUGUUGCGCCUAACCCUUACGGCAUAUAGUGCAUACGAUUCACUAGAGCAAUUCAAAACGGACACAGGAGCCCGGUGUUGGCCGGUGGUCUAAACGUGUAAACGCUAGUGAUAUUUUUAAUCGAAGAUCUUAAUGUAUUAUUUAAUAGCGGUGGUAAAGGAUUUUUUUUUUGUUUUGUUGCUCUUACAAUAACGAUAAGACCCCCUUUUUCACACUGUGUUCCCAGUAUAUUCUAAAUACAUUUCCAUAUAAAGGAAUCCGUUUC